AUGGCAUACCCAAAGUCAGUGUGGUUUAUCAUCUGCACAGAGUUUUGUGAACGAUUUUCCUACUAUGGACUUCGAACUGUUUUAGUAUUAUAUCUUACAUCGAUAUUGCAAUACGAUGAAGACGAAUCCACUAUUAUUUAUCACAUGGCUGUCUUUAUGGCGUAUUUUUCACCACUAUUUGGAGCUAUUUUAUCCGAUUCUUUCUUAGGAAAAUUCAAAACUAUAGUAUAUCUUUCACUAAUUUACGCAGUUGGAAAUUUAGUCAUAACUGGGUCAUCUUUGGCAGUUUCGCUUAGCUUAAGCAACCAAAGAUACUUAGCACUGCUGGGAUUAGUUUUAAUUGCAAUUGGAACAGGUGGAAUAAAACCAUGCGUUUCAUCAUUUGGUGGUGAUCAAUUCGACCUUCCUGCACAAGAAGUUUAUCUACAAAAGUUCUUUUCCAUAUUUUACUUUUCUAUCAAUGCAGGAUCUCUUAUAUCAACAUCAAUAACACCGGAGCUAAGAAAAGACGUGCAAUGUUUCGGCCGAACUUCAUGUUUCCCCUUAGCUUUCGGUGUACCUGCUGUGCUAAUGUUAAUAGCAAUUUUUAUUUUCGUAUGUGGUAAACGAUUAUAUAAGAUAAAAAAACCAGAAUCGAACGUCAUUGUAACAUCUUUUUCGUGUAUUUAUCAUGCAAUAAAAAGAAGACUAUCAUAUGUUUCAUCGAAUACCAAAAAAAGUCAUUGGUUGAAUUAUGCAGACGACAAGUUUUCAGAAAAAGAAAUUUCAGAUAUACGCAGUGCUUUAGAUGUAAUGUAUUUAUUUAUUCCGUUACCAUUCUUCUGGGCUUUAUUUGAUCAACAAGGUUCUCGAUGGACAUUACAAGCUACUUUGAUGAAUGGUAGGAUUAAUUUUCUCAACUGGACAAUGAAGCCUGAUCAAAUGCAAGUGAUGAAUCCACUUCUCGUUUUAUUAUUUAUUCCUGUUUUCGAAACCGUUGUUUAUCCUCUAAUAGCCAAGAUCGGAAUUAAAAAACCAUUACAAAAAAUCUCAUUAGGUGGUUUUCUUGCCGCUCUGGCAUUUGUACUAUCAGCUGUUGUACAGAACAAAAUUAUUGGUGGAUCGAUCCAACUAUCAGAUGGUGAAGGUCAAUUAAGAGUUUUUAACGGAUUUGAUUGUAACAUUACUUUAAAUUCAACAAACUUACCCGUCUACAAAUUAAGUUCUCUUGAAACAUUAGAGAUAAGAUAUACGCCAACUUCUAACGAAACUUCGUUUCCCAUUGUUUUUAUCGCUGAUCCUUCGUGUUCUCCGAAUUUGUCAACAUUAAAUUUGACGAGUAGUGUUUCCAUUGUAGAAGGAAAGGCAACGUCAUAUUUUUUAACUCGCUUAAAUGACAAACUUGAAUUAAAAAGAAUUGGUUAUGUUGAUGACUUAGCUAAACCUAAGAACGGCAGUCCAGUUUUAAGAAUUUUAAACAGUGAUGAUUUAUCUAAUAAAGUUUUGACACUAAAAGAAACGGAUAACAACAACACUGUAACUGAAAUUAAUUUAAAAUCCUUAACAACAAACACUGUUCCUAUUGGAAAAUAUAAAGCCUUUUUAGACAAAGAAUUUAUCUCAGAUUUAAAUUUGUUACCGGCUAGUGUAAACACACUUGUAUUACAACGUAAUUCAGGACACACAGAUUCAAAAUUGGUAGUCUUAGAGAGAGGUAAUUUUAUUCAUAUAGCAUGGCAAUUACCUCAAAUUAUUGUAAUGACCGCUGCAGAGAUUAUGUUCUCGAUCACGUCAUUAGAAUUCGCAUUUACUCAAGCACCUACAAGCAUGAAAUCCUUAUUGGCAGCAGUUAAUUUGUUGACUGUAGCGUUUGGAAAUCUAAUGGUAGUGAUCGUGUCUGAAGUACGGUAUUUCGAAAAUCAAGCCUAUGAAUAUUUGCUAUUUGCUGGACUAAUGGUGCUCGAUAUGUUAAUAUUUAUUUUAAUGAGCUGUAAGUAUAAAUAUAAAAAUCUGAAUGACCCCGAGCCCAUUGCACACAAUGAGCAAACCAAGCAAAACUAA